GGGGACGCGUGAGAGCCAAUAGGGACCUCGCAUUUCAAGAAAACCUUAUUUAUCAUUGGCCAUUCUUACCCAAAACCAGCCAAUGGGAAGCCAGAAUUCAUUGCAGGUGGCAAAUACAAAAACAUAAACAUGGCGAGUCAGUGUGAAGGAGGAAAGCGUCAUGGUCCAGGAAAUUAGUCGAUAACAUGCAACAGGUGGACGAUAAUGAACGGCAGGAGUGUGUUUGGGUGUUCAAUAAAGGACUUUGAUGUUGGGGAGCAGCUGGGCAAGGGCGGCUUUGCGACAGUGUACCAGGCGCAAUGCUGCAAAACUGGCAGGGAUGUGGCUAUCAAAAAGAUUAACAAGAGCCAGAUUACAGCCGGAGGGUUGAUCAACAGGGUGCGACAGGAGGUGACCAUCCACUCCCGUCUAUGCCACCCGUCCAUCCUGCAGCUGUACACUUUCUUUGAAGACCAGGAGUAUGUCUACCUUGUCCUGGAACUGUGUGUCAAGGGCGAGCUGCAGAAACACCUCAAGAACCUUGGCAGAGUCUUGACCGAAGAUGAAGCUCGGGAAUACCUGCAGCAGAUUGUGGAUGGCAUGCUGUACCUGCACUCCAAGGCCAUCAUUCACCGUGACCUGACCCUCUCAAACAUCCUCCUUGAUGGCCAACAGCAGGUCAAGAUUGCUGAUUUUGGCCUGGCCACUCAGCUGCAGCGGCCUGAUGACCGGCACACCACCAUGUGUGGCACUCCAAACUACAUCAGUCCUGAGGUGGUGACCCGGAGUUCCCAUGGGCUGGAGUCUGAUGUGUGGAGUCUGGGAUGUAUGCUGUUCAUCAUGCUGGUGGGCCAUCCUCCCUUUGAUGGCAAGGGCCUCAAGGAGUCUAUAUUCACCAAGGUUGUCAUGGGGGAGUACAAGGUCCCGAGUUAUGUGUCAACUGAGGCUCGCUCCCUCAUUGCCGAUUGCCUCAAGAAGAACCCCAAGGAAAGAAUCAAGCUUGAUCUGGUCCCAAAUCACCCCUUCAUGACUGGUGAAGGCAGGACGGAUGUAUCUCGAGUCUGUGACAGUGGAAUGUACACCAUGACAACGGUGGCCACCACCCACCACACCAGAGCCCCUCUCGCUGCCAUAUCGGAGAGUGAGUGGUCAGAGGGGGAUGGGGGUGUCCAGCCCUCAGGACACCAGCCAUGCAACACACACAGUGAGCCACACCCCAGGUACCCACCAUCACCACCUGUCAGAAUGAAGUCAAGCCCGAGGGAUCUUCUUCCGCCAAAUGCUGGGGUCAUUGACAGUCUCAAGAGGAAGUUCACUCCCCUUCCUUCACUGAGGCGAGGAGAGGACUUUGCCUUCCCUCCUCCUUCCCAUCCUCUGCCUCCAAGGAAAGAACGGGACGUGUAUGAGGAGCGACACCGACAGCACCCUCAUCACCACCAGCCUUCAGACACCAGGCACUACUCCUCUAGUUCUUAUGAUGACAAUUCAUCACAUGGUUUCAGCAGCAGUGCAUCCAAUACAGCCAGAGACAAACACACUGACCACAGAGGAGCCGGUCACGGUUACGAUAAGUCUCGGAAAAAGUCCAGAUCUUUGGAGAGAGAUAUUCUCCCACGGAACAUGAGCAGUGUUUCUGGUGGUUACUAUAGUGGUGCAGUGCAACGAGGCUACUGUCAAACCAACUACGCCUCCAUGGAGUCCACACGUGAGGAGUGCAGCACUCAGCAGAGUCAGUCAUCUGAACACACCGGUGAGCCUCUUUAUUCUGAUGCUUCUCAUAGUGGUGCAGCAAGAGGGUCAAGAGACUUGGCACCAGCUGCUGAUGGUUGCUGGAGGGAAAACUCUGAGCACAGACACAGUGUAAUGUCUAGAGAAAACACAAGUUAUGUGUCCAGGAGUCAUGACUAUUCCCAUGAGAGAUGGAAUGACCCAGCCAAGGAGAGACACGGCCAUUCCCGCAGAAGCAGGUCUCUGGAAAAAGUGAGGGAGAGACCCAGUGAUACAAGUGGAGGCAGAGUGAGAGAACCUGAGCAUCCUAAUGCAAGAGACAGGUCAAGGGAGACAUACAGGGACAAAACUCACCCAUGCUCUCAAAGCUCACACCACAGAUCCAUCUGUGACUGUAGGGAGCAGCAUACGUCAGCAUCAGUGUGCAGUGCCAGACGCAGCAGGGCAGACAGUAGAGACAGGGAGGCUAGUUCUGGCUGCAGUCGUGUCUCAAGUAAUUCAUAUCCCAAAGUGACCAAGCCACAGAGCAAGACUCAGAGCUAUGGCUUAUCCAGUGAGUCUCACAGCAGGAUGCUGAAUGACAUUCCUCCAAAAACAGUCAAUAAUGAACCCAGGAAGUCAAGCAGCACUCCAGACCCCAGCAACCCUCAGCAUCCAUCCACACCUAAGAAAUCCCCCUCCAGCAACUGUCAAACCCUGAGACAGCAGGUGUCCCCGCUGACCUCCAAAAGAUUGAGGAAGGUGCGAUACCGCAGCAACAAAUACUUUCUGAACAUCCUGGAGAAUGGGGAGGUGUGUCUGGAGCACCUCAGUGGGCGCCACACCCAGGAGUUAGUGGACGACGUCUGCAGGAUCUCCCCAGAUGGUCUGAGGAUUGUUAUUUACCGGCCCAACGGUGGUUCGGGUGCAGUGCCAGGAGAGUCCCCAGUGCCGCUGCCAGAGGAGGGAGCAGAUCUCAUAUACUCCUAUGAAAACCUGCCCUCCAAGUACUGGACCAAGUACAAGGCAGCUGCAAGGUUUGUAAAACUGCUGAGAUCAAGAACAACCAAGAUCACAUACUACAGUGACCAAGCCAAGUUUUACCUCAUGGAAAACUCUCCUAAUCCAGAUUUUGUGGGGCACUUUUACCAUGGCACCAAGAUCACCCAGAGUAAUAACAGUGUAGUGGUUAGGGAAGCAAGUGGAGCCUCCCAUACCAGACAGCUUUCUGCAGCCUCACAGGCCUUUCCUGUCCACCUUCAUCCCCUCCUCAAACAUUUCAAGGAGGUUCAGAGUCACUGCCUCAAUAUUGAGCAGGUCCUAGAUGACCUUGCUCGUAAGACAGAGUUAACUUGUUUCCCUGCCAUCAUGGGAUCCAAGCCACCAGCAGCUUCCUCUCCACCUGUGUCCACCAGAAGCAGAGGUCAUCCCACCUAUGAUAAGGAAAACCUAUCCCCUUCUUCCUUGCAGUCUUUCAGGUCUCCACAUAAUAUCAUGGCCCAGCUUGGAUCAUUUGAGGGAUCAUUGGCAAGCAUUCAUGUUGGUGGCGCUGGUGGUGGUAUGCCUCCAGCUAUCCGACUGCCUCUCAACCCUCACUCAUCCAAUGCCCAGCUUCACCUCUCAGAACAACCCAAGACCUCAUCUGUUCGAGUUUAUGUCCAAAACAUUGGCUGGGCAUCAAAGGGAAGCAGUGGAGAGGUUUUGGUGGAGUACUUAGAUGGCAGUCGUGUGCAGGUGAGCAGCAAUUCUCCGAAGGUGGUGUUCACAGAAACCUCAGGUGCAUCCACCACCUACUCAGUCAAAGACAAUCUGCCUCUUGUGCUAAAAGAAAAAUUGGCACAAAUGGAAACUGUUCUGGACUGCCUGGCUCAGUCUACAGUGCCCAAAGCCUCACAUAUGGACCACAGAUAGCACACAGCACUCUAGUAUAUUUAUUUCUAAAGACUAUUUCAAACAGCACUCAUGGCAUACAAAGUGCUUUACUGACUUGAAAUAUUGAAUAUGAAAUAUUCAAACAUUGCACUGCUUUUUUAGGUAAACUUGACUAACAAUAUGACUGCCAUAAAGCUAAACAUGCCAACUUCAGUUAUGACAUUCAGAAUACAAGGCAUUUAUAAUGUGAAUCUCUUGCUAAGUAAAAUGUGACUGGUCUAACAUUCUUUUUAGUGUCUUUACAUCAAGCCUAUGCAGACUGUCUAUGAUGCCUUUCUCUCUCUCUGUCUCCUGAUUGUCAUUCUGCUUUUCAGUAAAAAGGAUAAUUUCUAUUGACUAUGAUAUAGCUAAUUGAAAAAUUCAUAAGAAUGUGUAAUACUUGGUACCUGUACAGCAAUUUUGAUUGUCAUGAACAUAUUGGAAAUGUUAUUACUAUAUUUUCAGUGGAUGUUUUUUUUAGUCAUUAGUAAUUAGUGUUUUCUAUUUUAAUGUUUAUUAAAACUCCUCACCAAGUGUGUAUAUAUAAUGUACAGUGUAAAUUCUUUAUCUACCAACAGGUUUCAUUUUUAUUUAAAAUAAAUGCUAAAUGCACAAAA